GAGACCGAGCCAACCUGCGCAGGAUUACCACUCUUUCACUCUUUCACUCGUUCACUUAUCUUUAGUUUUUUAUCAUCUUUUUUUAGUUUUUUUAGUUUUUCAAAGCCUCAACUAUACUGUGACGGACAUGUUGGUGGCGGCUUCCAACAGCGUGCUCAUCCUUCUCUCCUGCACGCUGCUCCAACACGUGAUUUCCGUGCAGAGCCAGAUGUGUGACAUGGUGAAGGAGAUAGACAAGGAGAGGGACCUGUGUGAGGCUCAGAUUGAGAACAAGACGACAGGUUGCAGUGGAACGUGGGACAAGAUCACCUGCUGGCCCAGUGCUGACGUUGGAGAGGUGGUCACCAUCCCUUGCCCAAAAUACCUCUUCUACUUCUCCGGGGACGUUUCCACAAGUAACCUGUCAAAGUCCUGCACUGAGGGUGGCUGGACCCCAAUCAGCAUAGACUCUUACAUAAUGGACUGUGGAUACAAUCCCAACAACACCGUGGAUGAUAAUACGUCGGGAGAGUUCUUCGACGCUAUCAAAGUGGGUUACACCAUCGGUCACACCGUGUCCCUCAUUUCUCUGACGAUCGCCAUCAUCAUACUGUGUCUCUUCCGGAAGCUGUACUGCACAAGAAACUACAUCCACAUGCACCUGUUUGUGUCUUUCAUCCUGAAAGCAGUGGCAGUUUUCAUCAAGGACGUGGUUCUGUAUGAAGUCGGGGAGACAGACAAUUGCCAAUCACCUGUGGGCUGCAAGGCAGUGGUGGUUUUCUUCCAGUAUGGGGUCAUGGCGAGUUACUUCUGGCUGCUGGUGGAGGGCCUCUAUCUCCACACUCUGUUAGCCGUUUCCUUCUUCUCUGAGAGGAAGUACUUCUGGUGGUACAUCCUGAUCGGUUGGGGCGCUCCAGCCAUCUUUAUCUCUGCGUGGGGGAUCACAAAGGCUUAUUUAAAGGAUCCUGGAUGCUGGGAGAUAAUCGACGACAGGCCGUGGUGGAUCAUCAAAACACCUAUUUUGGUCACCAUACUCGUGAACUUCUUCCUCUUCAUCUGUAUAAUCCGAAUUUUGCGACAGAAGAUGAAUUGCCCCGACAUCGGAAGAAAGGAAUCCAAUCAGUAUUCGAGGCUGGCUAAAUCCACUCUGCUGUUGAUACCUCUGUUUGGCAUAAACUACAUCAUUUUCGCCUUCAUCCCUGACCACAUCCACUCACAAGUGAGGAUGGUGUUUGACCUCAUUCUGGGGUCAUUUCAGGGUUUUGUCGUUGCAGUUUUGUACUGCUUUCUGAACGGCGAGGUACAGGCGGAGAUUAAGCGUAAGUGGCGCAGAUGGAUGCUGCAGAGGUUCCUGGGUGCUGACAACAAGUACCAGCAGCCCUCCAUAGGCAGCAACGGUAACAACUUCAGCACCCAGAUCACCAUGUUGAACAAAUGCAGCCCCGCCACCCGCCGGGCGUCUGAGUGCCAGGAGCACCUCUCUGCCAUCUGAAGCACAUCGACGGUUCACGCCCCCUCUCUGUUUUCUAUCAUUUGGGUACUGUAUUGUACGCACGCUCGCUGCUGCAUUUGCAGUCGAUAUUGGUUACUGGAGGUUAAUGUGACAAUUUAGUACUGAUGCUAAUAUUUGUUCAUUGUUAUCCAUAACCUGUCAAAAAAACAAGAAAGACAAGCGACCGGUGUUUUUCCUUGCAAGGGCGGAAAGGGCACCUGGAACCAGUUACAGAACACAACACCUGUUUAGUAAAUGGGUUGAAUGAUUUCCUUAAAACGUGAAGAAUUGAUUUCCUAAAAAGAACAUUUCAUAAAGGCGAACAGACAAGUUUGUGCUACAAGGUAAAGCUUUGUUGAGAUCACAUGAGGAGUCAACUCUCCAACUAGCUGUAAGGAAAUCAGUGAUCAGAUUAUUAUUAACAAAGUCUUUCAUAACGUACAUGCGUGCUGCAGGGACAAAGACCUUCAUGGCCACUAUGAAUUAAAGGGAAAUGGAGCUCUUGGCCAGCGUUUUCCAAUCUGAUGUUAAGCAAUAGUUGGACAGAGACGAGCUGUGUCCUAUAGGAAGCAAGAUGUUUAUUAAAAGGGCGUGUUACACAAGAGGACUCCAAGCACUUAACCUAAUGGCCCAUGUUGCUGAGGGAACCAAUGCUAACGAUGCUAAGGACAGUAGUCACAGAGGAGGACCAACGUCCUGGACGCCCAUCUCCUGUCCGUGACAGUUUUACACGGGGAGGCAUACACUCUGCUGAAUUACUGCCGGAUAACAUUCCAGAGGAGCCUCUAAACAUCCCGCUUGUGAAACAUAUCUCAGAUUACAAAGGCUUUUAGUUUUGUCUGAGUGCACAGGCGCUCGGUAGACGCUCCUUUUUACUGCUUCUGCGACUAAUGGACCAGAUGUGUUCCGUUAUUAGUCCACAAUACACAACAUUGUGAGUAAAUAUGUGGCCACACUGCUUGACUUCCAUGGGGUGGAUUUGCAUAGAGAAUUAAUCCCAUUGCGUUGUGAGCUUCUCUAUUCUUUUUUUUAAUUUGACACACAUUCAUUAACUUCAGUCAAUAGAUUUAUGACUAGUGACUGCAAAACUAACAUUAUUCUCAUCAGCCUGUGCUGCGCUCCGAGUUUAGUACUUAUUAACAGGCUAAACUAAGAACGUGAACAUGGUAAGCAUAAACCCAUCGUCAUCGUGAACCUGUUGGCAGUAAACUCAAAGCACGGCCUCACAGGCGCUAGAUUGAUUAACUAUUUAGCUGACACCGUGCAUGAUAGUUGUUAUUCUCUCUGUUUAAUAAUGCUUUCAAACGUUUAUUUGAGUUCACCUCAAACAAAACAAGGAAAAGAAAAGACAUUUUCACACAUUAAUAUACAGGCAGUGACGGUGUCACGUUUCAUGUAGGGAGCCGUGUUGGAGUUCGGUGUUUACUUUAGUGCUCCUGUGCCAGUGUGUGUCUGAAACUGAACUGUAACCAACUGAACGUACCUCAGAGUCAUUGCACCACACAGCUGUGAGUCUUUAAAUGUGAAGCCUUGGUUCCUGAUGUGUUUUGUGUUGAAGACACAAAGUGCUCAGGUGUCAACUGGAAAUCGAUGUUUACAUUUAAACGUUCCUAACUCGCCACUUAAGUGUCUCUCAUUUGUCGCCAUGUACAUUUUGUGUGAAUACUGUGGAUGUGGAUGAAGAUAAGAAUAAAACCAUUUGUACUG